GUUGCAGUGUUCUGAGAGGCUUUUUGACCCCUAUGUGAAUCCAUCCAGGUCACAUAGGCAACCAACCUUGCCCCCUCCCCCCCCCAUCCCCCAUCCCCACCACUGAAACCUGUUCGGCUCCACACGACCACACCAGUCUUCUCUCCCCAUUUGUCUGCCAGCCGCUGGAUCCCACGCUGUCCUCCACCGGACCACAUAACUGAUCAUAUUAGCCUGCAGAAACGUGUGUAAAAACCUGUGAUCAUGUCCUCAGUGCUACAGAAGCUGAUCAGCCCUCUGGCCAGCAGCCCUGCUGAGCCCCCCAGAAACAAGGUGACUGUGGUCGGGGUGGGCCAAGUGGGCAUGGCCUGCGCCAUCAGCAUCCUGCUGCGGGACCUGUGUGAUGAGCUGGCCUUGGUGGAUGUGAUGGAGGACCGUCUCAAGGGAGAGAUGAUGGACCUGCAGCAUGGAAGCCUCUUCCUCAAGACCUCCAAGAUAGUUGCUGACAAAGACUACGCAGUAACAGCCAACUCUCGCCUGGUCGUGGUGACGGCCGGUGUUCGCCAGCAGGAGGGUGAGAGCCGCCUUAACCUGGUGCAGAGGAACGUCAACGUCUUCAAGGCCAUCAUCCCCCAGAUCAUCAAGUACAGUCCCAACUGCACAAUCAUCGUGGUCUCCAACCCUGUUGAUGUGCUGACCUAUGUGACCUGGAAGCUGAGUGGUCUGCCAAAGCACCGCGUCAUCGGCAGCGGCACCAACCUGGACUCAGCCCGCUUCCGCUACAUGAUGGCCGAACGCCUUGGCAUCCACGCCAGCUCCUUUAACGGCUGGGUGCUGGGUGAGCAUGGAGACACCAGCGUGCCAGUGUGGAGCGGAGCUAAUGUGGCAGGAGUCAAUCUGCAGAAGCUGAAUCCUGAUAUUGGCACUGAGGGUGAUAAAGAACAGUGGAAGGCCACACACAAGGCUGUAGUGGACAGUGCCUACGAGGUGAUCAAGCUGAAAGGCUACACUAACUGGGCCAUUGGUCUGAGCGUGGCAGACCUGACUGAGAGCAUAGUCAAGAACAUGAGCCGUGUCCAUCCUGUCUCCACCAUGGUCAAGGACAUGUAUGGUAUUGGUGAGGAGGUCUUUCUGUCUCUGCCCUGCGUGCUGAACAGCAGCGGUGUGAGCAGCGUGGUCAACAUGACCCUGACGGACGCCGAGGUGGGCCAGCUGAAGAAGAGCGCUGACACUCUGUGGGGCAUCCAGAAGGACCUGAAGGACAUCUGAACACACCCGUGCGCAUAAUACAACCCCAUGAUGCAGAGAGGCUUGUCCACACGCACACACUCCUUUUAUAACGUUCCUCACUCUUAGACUGUAGCACUCUUAUUUUGAAGGAGAAUACCAGUGAUUUUUAGAGUUUGUUCCAGGGAGAAUUUCAGGUCUACACGUACGUCAUCCAGCCUGGUCGGUCAUUAGGUCACCACCUACUACCUGCAAAUCACCUUUAAGUCUAAACUGGUAUGCUUCUUGAAAAAAAUAC